AUGUCUGACUUUGGAAACUACGGCGGCGGCUCCAUGGAGGCCAAGAAGCAGCAAGUCAUGGACCAGGUCCGCAGCGAGCUCGCUCUCGCUAACGCCCAGGAGUUGAUCAACAAAAUCAACGAGAAGUGCUUCGCCAAGUGCGUGAUCAAGCCCGGCGCCAAGUUGAGCGGUGGCGAACAGGACUGCCUCUCCAAGUGCAUGGAUCGCUACAUGGAGGCAUGGAACAUCGUCUCCCGCACCUAUAUCAACCGCGUCCAGCGCGAGUCGCAGAACGCUGGUGGCAUGUAA